AUGAUUACAAAAUUCCACCAGCAUGCCCUUGCCCUGGCCUUUGCUGUGAAGGAGGUCAAUGAGAAUCCCCAGAUCUUGCCCAAUGUUACCCUUGGGUUCCAUAUCUAUGACAGCUACCAUGAUGCACGGAUGACUUAUCGGACCACCCUGGACCUGCUCUUCAAAUCAACUAGCUUUCUCCCCAACUACAUGUGUGCCAGGCAGAGGAACCUGAUAGCCAUCAUUGGAGGACUUGGUUCUGAUACCUCUUUCCACAUAGCAGACAUCUUGGGUCUCUACAAGGUUCCACAGGUCCGUCCCCUUUCAGCAUGUAAUGAAUGGUGCCAUCCUGGAAAUCAGAAGGAAAAGAAGGAAGGAGAGAAAUUUUGUUGCUAUGAGUGUGUUCCUUGCCCGGGAGGGGAGAUUUCAAACAAGAGAGAUAUGGAAAAUUGUUUCAAAUGUCCAGAAGAUCAAUACCCUACCAGAGAAAAAGAUGACUGCAUCCACAAAAUUGUAAUAUAUCUUUCUUACGAGGAAUGUCUAGGAUUUAUUUUAGCCUCCAUUUCUGUUUCAUUGUCUUUGAUCACUGCUCUCAUAUUAGGAGUAUUUCUUAAGCACAAAGAUACCCCUCUGGUCAAAGCCAACAACCGGGACCUCACCAAUGCUCUCCUUUUCUCCCUCCUCUUCUGCUUCCUGUGUCCUCUCCUGUUCCUUGGCCAACCAAACAAAGUGACCUGCCUACUCCAACAACCAACAUUUGUCAUCAUCUUCUCCAUGGCUGUUUCUUGUAUCUUGGCCAAAACCCUCACUGUGGUUGUAGCUUUCAUGGCUACCAGGCCAGGCUCCAGUGUGAAGAAGUGGGUGACGAAAAGGAUGGCAACCUCCAUCAUUCUUUUCUGCUCUCUCAUUCAAGUAGGCCUUUGUACCAUCUGGCUAGCAUCUUUCCCUCCAUUCCCACAGUUGGACAUGCAUUCUAUGUCUGAGGCUAUUAUCAAGAAAUGUAACGAAGGCUCUGCAGUCAUGUUCUCCUGUGUCCUGGGCUACAUGGGCCUGCUGGCCCUUGCCAGCUUCUUUGUGGCCUUCUGUGCGCGCAGAUUACCAGACAGCUUCAAUGAAGCCAAAUUCAUUACCUUUAGCAUGCUGGUAUUCUGCAGUGUUUGGGUGCUGUUUGUUCCAACUUACCUGAGCUCAGCAGGAAAAGCCUUGGUGGCUGUGGAGAUCUUCUCCAUCUUAGCUUCCAGUGCUGGAUUACUGGGAUGUAUCUUUUUCCCUAAAUGCUACAUCAUUAUGUUGAGACCUGAGCUGAAUAUCAAGGAGCAGCUAAUAAGAAGAAGGAAUUGA